AUGUGCCUCAGCCUGCUGUGCUGUGUGGCCCUUUUUCUCUGGGGAGCAGGCUGCAUGGACACUAAGGUCACCCAGAGCCCUGGACAUCUGGUCAAAGGAAAAGAACAGAAAGCAAAGAUGCAUUGUGUCCCCAGAAAAGGACAUAGUUAUGUUUACUGGUAUCGUAAGAAGCUAGAAGAAGGGUUCGAGUUUUUGGUUUACUUACAGAACGAAGACAUCGUGGAUGAUACAGAUGUGUUCAAACAGCGAUUUUCAGCUCACUGCCCCCCAAACUCACCCUGCAGCCUGGAAGUCAAGUCCACUGAGGCAGGGGACUCAGCACUGUAUUUCUGUGCCAGCAGCCAAUCCACAGUGCUGCACGUUUAUAAUCAGAAGUUCUUUGGGGGCUCUGGGGAAGACAAGCCAGUUCUGUCUGGCUCGAUGGAUGCUGGUAUUACCCAGACUCCAAGGAAUAGGAUCGCAAACACAGGAAAGAGCACUGUACUGGAAUGUUCUCAGACUAAGGGUCAUGAGUCUAUGUACUGGUAUCGACAAGACCCAGGACUGGGGCUCCGGCUGAUCUACUACUCCCACGGUGUCAACGAUAUUAACAAAGGAGAUGUCUCCGAUGGGUACAAUGUCUCUCGUAAGGAGCAGGCGAAGUUCUCCCUCUUCCUAGAGCCCGCCACCCCCAACCAGACAGCCCUUUACUUCUGUGCCAGCAGUAUUUGCACAGUGCUUCCUGGCCACCUGCUCUCUACACAGAAAGACGGGUACCUUUGCUCAUAA